CCCCUCCCCGCGCCGCGUCGUCCCCGUCGCCGCCCGAGGGGAGCCUGGGAGCGCGUCGUCGCGCUCUCCCGCGGGGCCCGGGCUGCGGCGGCGCGGAGGCGGCGGCGGCGGCGGCGGCGUCCGGCGGCUGCGGGGCGCGCUCCUCCCCGGCCUGCGCUCGCCCCGCGCCUCCUGCUCCUCCUCCUGCUCCUCGUCGGCGCCCGGCUCCGCGAGCUGCGAGCGGCAAGAUGGCGGCGCCCAGGCCGCCGCCCGCCCGGCUGUCCGGCGUCAUGGUGCCCGCGCCCAUCCAGGACCUGGAGGCCCUCCGCGCGCUGACGGCGCUCUUCAAAGAGCAGCGGAACCGAGAAACGGCACCCAGGACUAUCUUCCAAAGAGUCCUGGACAUCUUGAAGAAAUCUUCUCAUGCUGUUGAGUUGGCCUGCAGAGACCCCUCUCAAGUGGAACAUCUCACUUCCAGUCUGCAGCUAAUAACAGAAUGCUUCCGGUGUCUCCGAAAUGCCUGCAUAGAGUGUUCCGUGAACCAGAAUUCCAUCAGGAACUUGGAUACAAUUGGUGUCGCUGUCGAUUUGAUUCUUCUUUUCCGUGAACUGCGGGUGGAACAGGAAUCCCUGUUGACAGCAUUUCGCUGUGGCCUGCAGUUUCUAGGCAACAUCGCCUCACGGAAUGAAGAUUCGCAGUCUGUCGUGUGGGUGCACGCUUUCCCAGAACUCUUUCUGUCUUGCUUAAAUCAUCCAGACAAGAAAAUUGUUGCCUACUCGUCAAUGAUUUUGUUCACCUCCCUGAACUCUGAGAGAAUGAAAGAACUGGAAGAGAAUCUGAACAUCGCGAUUGACGUCGUCGAAGCUCACCAGAGGCAGCCCGAGUCGGAAUGGCCGUUCUUGAUUAUUACAGACCAUUUUCUGAAAAGCCCGGAAUUGGUGAAAGCCAUGUAUGCCAAAAUGAGCAAUCAAGAAAGAGUCACCUUGUUGGACCUUAUGAUAGCGAAACUCGUGGGUGAUGAGCCACUGACCAAGGAUGACAUCCCUGUGUUUUUGAGCCAUGCCGAGUUGAUUGCAAGCACGUUUGUGAAUCAGUGCAAGAUCGUGCUGAAACUGACCUCUGAGCAGCACGCUGACGAUGAGGAGGCGUUGGCCACGAUUAGGCUUCUCGACGUCUUGUGUGAAAUGACCGCCAACACCGAUCUGCUCAGCUAUCUGCAGGUUUUCCCUGGCUUGCUGGAAAGAGUGAUUGAUCUUUUACGACUGAUUCACGUGGCUGGCAAUGACACUGCGAACAUCUUCAGUACCAGCGGUUGUGUAAAAGCAGAGGGUGACGUCUCCAACGUGGCUGAAGGUUUUAAGUCUCAUCUUAUUCGUCUGAUUGGAAAUCUGUGUUACAAGAAUAAAGACAACCAAGACAAGGUGAAUGAGCUGGAUGGCAUCCCCUUGAUCCUGGACAGCUGCAGCAUCGAUGACAGCAACCCCUAUUCCUUCACCCCGCUUCCAGUCCUGACCCAGUGGGUGGUGUAUGCCAUCCGAAACCUUACAGAAGACAACAGUCAGAACCAAGACUUGAUCGCGAAGAUGGAACAGCAGGGGCUGGCUGACGCCUCCCUGCUCAAAAAGAUGGGUUUGGAAGUUGAAAAGAGGGGUGACAGGCUGAUUCUGAAAUCCACCCGUGACACACCUCCGCAGUGAACGAACUCUCCAUUGAAGCAUCUGAAUUUUGGGAAUCUGUUUCACGGACUCUCCAUCUUCUGCAGUAUAUAACAUUGCAAGUGUUUGAAGAUUUGUUAAGUGCAAAUUCAGGCAUCCAUGAAUCUUAGGUAAUAGAGUUAGAUGUGUAUGAGCUCGAAAGUGAAAGUAACUUGAGUAUUUUGUGGUUUCUUUGCUUUAGAAACGUAACCGUUCGGUUUCCUUUGUCCCCAUGGAUACAGUGUGCAUUGAAGUCAUAUACUGUACUUACUGUGGCGGCAGAUAAUAAAUUCUUUUCCUGGAGGGCGUAUCCCUUAUUCGGCAAAGACUGGGGCAUUUGCUCGGAUUCCAUUUGUUCCUUCAGAUGGCGGGUCGGCCUGAUUACUUUUCUUCUCUGCUCGUUGGGUUUUCUGAACUCUGGCAGGCAGUUGAAGUAGGUUUCUCACUGUGAUUAAUUCUAGCAAUCUCUUUUCACCCUUUCUGCCUUUCCAAAACAUUGACAAGACUCAUUUCCAGCUAAUUAAUUCGAGAGAUGCUGAAGAAUAGAGAAGCUCCCUCUUCAUUUUAGGGACUGGGCUGUGCUGUCACUGAGCCCAGCCCUUUGGAACGUUGUGGGGACGAUGCGGGGAGUGAGUGGGGAGAGCGUGAGGGCCAUUAACUCUUCUCUUUCCAAAUCCCCCGGGGAACUAGACCUCCAGACCCAUUGUUCUCACAGGCGCAUGCCUGCCUCUUACCCACUCUCAUGCCUCCUCCGUGAAGGGCACUCUGUGCCUGGGACCACAGGAUUAAGGGACGUCCACGUCUCAUUCAGUUUCAAAGGCACUGUCUCCUAAAGCCACUCCACGUUUCAGCCACGGCUCCACUUUCCGGAGUUGCAAAAGUAGUUUUGGGGACCAGGAGUUAGCUUGACCUACAUCUGUCUAUUUCUGUCCUUUUCUCUCUAUACACGUACUCCUGUUAGAGGUGGAGCUGGGUUAAACGAGCACUGAAAUCUUUGAGGCCGCCCAGAGCAUUGAUGUAACCAGCAGAGAGCUCCAGAGGGAGGUCACGUACGAAUGCAUAAAACGUUCUUGAACAGCCGUGUUACUAAACUGUCUAGAUUUUGCACAGUCCCUGUUGAAUCUUCCAAAAUAAAAACAACGAAGACCCAGCCAGAAGUUUUACAGAAAUACCGAUUGUUCUAGAAUAAAGUGCUUCUGAGUUUUUUUGUAGCCAUACGUAAAUUGCUCUGUACAAACAGCUUAAGCAUGUUCAGAAUGAAAUAAAAGUUGUCCCACGUGCUAA